UAUGCUACAUACAUAUAAAUGUAAACGCACAUAUUUAAUAUUAGCAUAGAGUUGUCAUCCAAACCCCCCUGGCAACCGACGUGCUGGCCCCUACAGCAAUAGCAACGGCGAGAGAGCAGCAGCAGCAGUUACGAUACGAGUAAAUAUACAUAUGAGGAGGAGAACACAAUUAAAAAUACACCAAGAGCUCCAUUAGUGCCUGUCCCCAGCCACCCAGCGUCACGCAGUCACAAAUGGCUAUAUGGAAGUGCGCGUGCUAGAAGCGAAGCCACCACCUGCUGCUGUUGCUGCUUCGAGGGACGAGUGGUUCAGGGACUGGGACUAGGAUUAGGACUAGCACUACGGAUAUUGGCAUUGCCCCACCCAUCCAGACAGCUGCUUCAAACUGCGCCGGUGACGACGAGCAGUUGAGGGCAGUCGCAUCUGCCCCUGCCCUAGCCCUAGGACCUCUACCCGCCGAGUGGAGCAGCAGCAGCCAGCGGCCAGGAGAACAACAAACGACGACGCCGCCGCCGCAGCAGUGCAAUGAACGCCAGCCUCAUCUAUGAGAUACUCAUGUAUCUGAAUUCAUUCUAUUUCGGCAUGUACGCCGCCUUCGAGGUGGGCGUGGGCGUGCUGAAGGCAAUCAAUCUGAACUACGGCGAGAAUGUGUUGUCGCGGGAGGCGUCCAUACUGCUCUCGCUGUGCAUUAUUGAGACCCUACGCAUUGUCUUUGGCCGCAAGAGCAGUCUCAGCGAUCGUGGAUGGCAAGCAACCGCAUCCGUAAUAUUAACACUGCCCAGUCUUGCUAUUGUUAUAUAUUUGUGUUGUUUUCAAACCUAUGUUCUCAAACUCGAAAUGAUUCUGAGUGCCUUAAUGAUCACCCUACAAGGUGCUGAACUAGUCUAUGCCAGCAUAUUCAUUUGUACAAUGUGUCGACCCGUAACAUACACCUAGCAGUUGAUAUACCACGUUGUCAACGACGACGACAACGACCACGACCAAGCCAUUAUCAUCAGCAUUAGCACUAUCACGACGAGAGGAAGCAGCGGCCGACAAGGCAGAGCGACGAGGAAGACGAGAAGUGGCUUGCUCCUGGCACUACUAUAUCAGACGCCUAGACAAUUUAGACCACUUUAACUUUAAUGCAAACAAGAUAUUACAACCAAUACAUGAGAUACGCUGGCGUAUUGCUGUGUGUGCCCUGUGUCCAUGAACCA